AUGGCAAUAUGGAUCGCAUUUAUUUGGUUUCUAAGCUCCGUCCAUCCAGUGAAGAAUAUUUUCAUUCGCAACGAAAAUGAUGCCAAGGCAAAACCAGGGAUCGGUCUAGUCUUGGUACUAUUCACCGCCGUUGUCUAUGGCAAAACGUAUUUUGCGUUACGAAAACAAGCGAGAUCCAUGAUUGGUAAAAAAACUACGUUUUCUUCGACGCAAAGUCAGUAUGCGCCCACAAAUAAAAGCAUUUCGAUAGAGAGCGAAACGUGUGUUGAAUAUGCUCAAAAGCAGGAUAAUCGUGUUCAAAAUGAGAUUGAACGUGAUCAAAGCCUGGAUGAACGUGCUGAAAAUCAAAAUCAUCGUCGUGCCGAGAAACUGAAUGAUCGCGCCCAAAAUCAGUAUGAACGUGCUGAAAUUAAAAAUCAUCGUGCUGAAAAACUGAACGAUCGUGCUCAAAGUCAGUCUGAAUGUGGUGAAAUUGAUAAUGAACGUGCUAAAAAUCAAAAUCAACGUGCUCAAAAUAAAAACGAACGUGUUGAAAGUCAGAAUGAACGUGCUCAACGUGAAGACCUUUCCAGCAAAUACCCCCAAAAUUCCCAAGUAAUCAGCAAUGCAAAGGAACAGAAGUUCUUAAAUACUAUCAUUAUAAUUGCGUCUAUUGCUGUCGUUACAUCGAUGCCUGGAGCAAUUUAUUUCCAGCUUCGUGGAACGGUUACAUCCUUAGAGGGAAACCGCAUUCUUGUUGUUGUUGGAAGUGCGAUAUAUUGUCUUAAUUUUGCCGCUAAUCCUUUCGUCUAUUGCUUGCGUUUGAAGCGAUAUAAGAAAACAUUUAAAAUGGUCUAUGGUUGCAAACAUUGA